AUGAAUUCAAAAGACACACAUAUCAAGUGCAAAUAAUUGAUUUACAAUUUAUAGCUCCAUUUCAAGAAUGGCGAAGUUAUAAAACUCGAUGGUUAUUCCACCUACUGCAAUCGUAUUGAUAGGAGCUCAUCUAUUAUAUCGAUUUUAAUAUUCGCACCCCUUCGAGUUGUUAAGAACAACAUAUUGUAUUACAGUUUAAGUAUUCUGUCUUUGAUAUUGUUGACAUCCAUAUGGUCAAUAGAUUAUCCACAAUAUGAAUUUUAUUUCAUUUUCUCGUUUUAACUGCUCGCCCAUGUAGGUGUGGAGCUGUAUAAUAAAUUCAAAAUUAAUGGGCUAGACAAAAAAUUAAACAAUCAAGAAAAUAAAAUACUGAAAUAAUGGGACGAAUGUAUUAGCAAUAAAGAAAUAUUAAAAAGAAUCAAGUAGAAGGCAGCCACAAAGCAUAAAAUGGAUGAUGUAAAAGAAAGGGAUCGAAAGAUCUCUUUUAAAAAUAGUGACAAUUUGCAACGCUAACCAAGUCAAAGGAGUAGAUCAUCAGGAUGUAUCGCAGUUGUUUUUAUUUAGUGCAAUCCCAACUUUCUCGAUUAUCAUUAAAUCAAGGCAGAGCCAAGAGUCCAUCAAAUCAACACUUAGAUCGCAUCGAUAAAAUAGGCUCCAGAUUUUCAGCAAUGA